AUGGACUCUCCAGCUCUCCAAUUCUAUUUUUUGGUCACUUUUACUUCAGUGAAAUUUGCCAGCGAAGUGACACCAGCGAUGAGGGAGUUGCUGACAUUGUGGCGGCUGCAAACUGCGAAUAUGCAGAAUGUGUUCGAUUUCGGCACAUCCGAAAUGUAUGGAACAAUAAAUCGUUCACAUUUGUUAUUAUUCAUCGUCUUGAAGUAUUUGUGCACGUUUGUCGUAUCGUUGAACAGAAAUCCACUGUUAUUAUUGAUCUCGCUCGAUGGAUUCAGAAACGAUCUGUUAAAUUCCUCAACGGUUCCAAACAUUUGGCAGUUUGCUCAACAAGGUCUCCUCUUUUUGUUUCAUUCUUCCAUUCGCUUCUCACAAUUUAUUAUUACGACGAAAAUUCAUAUUGAGUAUUUAACUUAUACGGCACCAAAUCAUGUAUCUAUUGCAACUGGUAGAUUAGAGGAAUUCCAUGGAAUUGUUGCGAACCAAUUUUAUGAUCCUUCGUCUGAUGAAUAUUACGAUAUAUUUAACUCGACUUCAACGGAAGGUAUUGUAAAUGCUUCUUUAAAUGAGCAUUUUUACAAUGGCGAACCAAUAUGGUUAUCAAAUGAACGUGCCGAUCAGUCGAGUCGAUUUUCAGCAGCAAUUUAUUGGCCAGCUGGUGAUGCUUUUUGGCCAAGUGAACCACAUCAACCUACAAUAUUUAAAACAUGGAAUGGUCAUAAAAAUCUAUCCGGAUGGAUGCAGGACUUUGAUGAAAUCAUUGCACUAUUCACGCGUUCCAAGGAUCCAGUGAAUUUUGCUGCUUGGUAUCUUUCUGAACCUGAUCAAACCUUACAUUCGCAUGGUUUCUAUAAUGGUGAAUUAAAGAAAAAGUUGAGUGAAUUGGAUUCAUUGAUACGUUACGUCGUGGAAACGGUUGAACAAAAUGAGGAAUUGACAGAUCGUUUGAAUAUUAUUUUAACAGCCGAUCAUGGCCAUGCUGAGAUAACGAGCCCUCGAAAUGUUUUUUGUAUAUCUUCGUUCGUGAAUAUAACGAAAGAUAUGAAAGUUGGUGAUAACAUGUUGUAUAUAAAUGACCAAAACUUGCGAAAAGAAGUUUACGAAAAACUGAAGAAGGCCAUAGAGUAUGGGAAUUAUAAAGUUAAUAUCUAUUAUAAAGAGGAUUUCCCGUCACGUUACGGCUACAAGAAGUCACCGCGAGUUGGCGAUAUAAUAUUGGAGCCACAUAUUGGUUCUGCGAUAUUAACUGAUUGUCCACCGGAACUCUUCGAUUUAAUCGCUCACAAUAUAACGAAGUUCAAUAAGUCAACUCAUGGUAUGGACCCAGAUAAAGAAGAAAUGCGGGCCAUAUUAGUCAUGAAAGGACCAGCGUUUGCUGAAAAGCUGCAAGUGCAAACAAUAGCCAACAAUAUAGAUUUAUACGCGUUAAUGUGUCACGUGUUGCGCAUAAAGGAAUCGCCGAACAAUGGUUCGUUAUCGAAUCUGAGAAUGGCGUUGCAGUCGCAAUCCCCCAUACAAGCACAACCCUUAAUGAGUAGCUCAUCGUCAUCGCGCUUCCUAUCACAAUCUGCCAUACUUCAACCGAUUGUUUUCAGUACGGUAAGCUCUUUCAUUUCCACCACUUUUUGUUUUUCUUUACAUUCAAAUGAUUUAUUUUCAGUUCUUCACUUUAUUCAUGACAGUCUUUGUGCCAACAUCUUUACUGACUGUAUUCUGCCUGACACUUUGUUGUUUGAGUGGUUACUGUGGAUGCAACCAGCAAAACAGUCAGCAUGA